UUCAAUAUUACAGACUAUAAAAGUGGAUUCAUAAAAUGAAAAACCAUCAGGUCUGCCUAUCCUCAGUUUGAUUAUCUUGUAGUUGGAGAUUCAGAAAAUAACACUAUGGGUUUUGGGAAGGAGGAUCUUGAUCUCGUGUUAGUCCCAAGUGGAUUGCUUAUUAUGUUUGUCUACCACAUUAACCUUCUCUACAGAUAUCUUCAUCUCCCUCACACCACAGUCAUUGGCUUUGAAAACAACGACAAAAAAGCUUGGGUUGAAAGAGUUAUGCAGGCUGAAAGAAGAGACGUUGGAAUAGUACUUAAUGUGAUUUCAUCAAACACAUCAGCAGCAACAUUUUUGUGUUCCAUCUCCUUAACUCUGAGUUCCCUUAUUGGAGCUUGGCUUGGAAGCAACACAAAUGAGGUCUUUCAGAGUGAAUUAGUCUACGGCAACACACAUCCAUCAACGAUGACUAUCAAGUACAUAAGCCUCCUAACUUGUUUCCUUCUCGCAUUCGCCUGCUUUGUUCAAUCAGCAAGGCACUUUGUUCAUGCCAACUACCUAAUAAGCACACCAGACAGCAACAUUCCAGCCUGGUAUGUAGAGAUGGCAGUCAUAAGGGGAGGUGAUUUUUGGUCACUUGGGCUUAGAGCUUUGUACUUUGCCCUCACUUUGCUUCUAUGGUUUUUUGGUCCAAUUCCAAUGUUUGUGUCCUCCGUUGUUCUGGUCCUGGUCCUCCAUUAUCUUGACACAAACACAAGGCCAUUGUUUCAGCAUCAGUUUAGAGGAAAGGAAAUGGUGAAGAGGAUUGAGGAGAGAAUUUCAGAGGUAGCUGUGACCUUAGAGCACAGAGAAAGGGUUGAAACUUUGGUGUAGUUUCACAUUAUAUUUUUUAAACAACCCCCAAAUUUUGUUUGUAAAUGCAAAGUUCCUUAUGCUUGUUGAGCUAGCUGUGUUUCUUUGGAGUUGGUGGGAGCAGGUGCCUAUAUUGCCAAAGGAAGAUAAUCUAAAAUGUAAUAUUCUAAACUUAGAAGAUAGUAGAUCAUCUACCAUUCUUCUCUUAUAUGGUCCAAGUUUUGGAUUCUAGUUUCAAACACAGAAGUUUUAUAUAUGGUCCGAGAUGUCUAUAAUAUCAGCACCACUUCUUGGA